AUGGGAUUGCUGGCUCUUUUGGAUGAACAAUGUCUUUUCCCGAAAGCUACCGACAAAACACUUGUGGAAAAACUGCAAAAGACGCAUAGCAAACAUCCAAAGUUUAUAGUGCCGGAUAUGCGUGCGAAGAGCGACUUUGCUGUAGUUCAUUAUGCUGGCCGCGUUGACUAUUCCGCCGACCAGUGGCUGAUGAAGAACAUGGAUCCUCUGAAUGAAAAUGUUGUUGCCCUAAUGCAGGCGUCAACGGAUCCAUUCGUUUGUGGGAUUUGGAAAGAUGGUUCGCCAGUUUUUCAAAUUGGAAAAAUUCAUUUCUAUGUAUUUUCAAUUCUAGCUGAAUUUGCUGGCAUAUGCGCUGCUGAGAUGAACGAGACGGCAUUUGGUGUACGAGCCAAGAAGGGCAUGUUCCGUACUGUAUCUCAAUUGCACAAGGAGCAACUUACUCGACUCAUGACCACACUGAGAAACACAAGUCCACAUUUCGUGCGAUGCAUAAUUCCCAACCACGAGAAGAAGGCUGGUAAAAUAAAUUCGAUGCUAGUCCUAGAACAACUUCGAUGUAACGGAGUACUGGAAGGCAUCCGUAUCUGUAGGCAAGGAUUCCCGAACAGAGUACCGUUUCAAGAGUUCCGACAUCGCUAUGAAAUCCUGACACCGAACGUUAUUCCUCGCGGCUUCAUGGAUGGAAAGGAAGCGGUCAAGAAGAUGAUCGAAUACUUGGAAAUCGACUCUAACCUUUAUCGCAUUGGUCAAUCAAAAGUGUUCUUCCGUACGGGUGUACUAGCUCAUCUUGAAGAGGAGAGGGAUUUGAAACUGACAGAUCUGAUCAUCCAGUUCCAAGCCCAAUGUCGUGCCUUCCUGGCGAGACGCCUCUACGUAAAGAGGAUGCAACAGUCCAGCGCUAUCCGGGUACUGCAACGAAACGGUUUAGCUUGGAUGAAGUUGAGGAAUUGGCAGUGGUGGAGACUUUUUACAAAGGUGAAACCGCUGCUCCAAGUGACCAACCAAGAAGCAGCCAUUUCUGCGAAAGAGGAUGAACUUCGCGUUGUCCGUGAGAAGUUGGAUAAGGUUGAAAGCGAAUAUAAGGAGAGUCUGGGCAAGAUCGACCAGGUUCUUGCUGAAAGAAAUGUCUUACAAGAUCAAUUGCAACAAGAAACGGACAACAAUGCUGAGCUGGAAGAAGUGAAAAAUCGGCUGCAGUUGAAGAAAAAUGAACUGGAAGAAAUGGUCAAUGAAAUGCGUGAUCGUUUAGUGGACGAAGAACAGCGUACGGAAAAAAUGUCACUAGAGAAGAAGAAACUUGUUGAAACUGUCCGAGAUCUUGAGGAACAACUGGAACAAGAAGAACAGGCCCGACAAAAACUCCAACUCGACAAAGCUAAUGUAGAUCAACGCGUUAAAAACGUUGAAAUAAAGCUUGUGGAUAUCACGGAUGCGCAUGACAAACUGCUGAAAGAGAAGCGAAUCCUUGAAGACAAGAUGAAUCAGCUGAACCAACAACUUAGCGAAGAAGAGGAACGAGUGAAACAAGUAGCCAGACAGCGUGGAAAGGUUGAAGGGCAUGUUCAAGAAUUGGAACAAGAACUGCUUCGAGAACGCCAAAUCAAGGGUGAACUGGAGCAGCAGAAGCGGAAGCUUAUCAGUGAACUUGACGAUAGCCGUGAGUUAUUAGAAGAAAAGCGAAGCAAGCUUGAAGAGCUCAACGGUCAGCUGAUGAAAAGAGAGGAAGAAUUGUCCCAAGUUUUGACGAGGUCCGAUGAGGAAGCUGCCACCAUCGCUCUUCUUCAGAAGCAGAUACGCGACAUGCAAGCAACGAUUGACGAGCUCCGUGAAGAUAUAGAGACCGAGAGAGCCGCUCGAAACAAAGCUGAGAUGGCUCGCAGAGAAGUUGUUGCUCAGUUGGAAAAGGUCAAAGGUGAUAUGCUCGACAAAGCAGAGCUGGCUCAAGAGCUGGCUAACAUCCAAGCACAAAAGGCUGAAGCAGACAAGCGCCGCAAGCAGCAGGAGGUGCAGUUUCUGGACAUGCAGUCUCAGCUGGCAGAGUGCGAUGAGCAUCGUCUGCAAGUCAUAGAACAGCUUGAGAAGACUCGCGAAGAACUCGAACAUAUCACUCGUGCUCGCGAGGAUGAGGAACAGAAUGUGUCUAAUCUGAACAGGAAGAUAGCAGCACUUGAGGAGCAGCUUCAUGAACUAGCUGAUCAGGUUCAGGACAUUGGAGUUGUUCGUCUGCAGCUGGCUGAAGCUCGUAAGAAGGCCGAUGAAGGCAUUAUUCAGCAAAUGGAAGAAUUGAGAAAGAAGGCCCAACGUGAUCUUGAGAAUACUCAACACCAACUCGAAGAAAGUGAAGCCAGCAAAGAGCGACUAAUUCAAAGCAAGAAGAAGCUUCAGCAGGAGCUCGAACAAAUGAAGGGAACCAUCGACGAAACGGAAAGAGUUCGUCGUAUGCUUCAACUUGAGUUGGAUGAGUCGAUUUCUUCGAAAGAUGACGUUGGGAAAAAUGUGCAUGAACUGGAAAAAGCGAAACGGCAGCUGGAGCAAACUGUUUUAGAGCAGAAAGCAACUAUUGAAGAACUCGAGGACCAGUUAGGGUUUGCUGAGGAUGCUAGACUGCGACUCGAAGUCAAUAUUCAAGCUCUUCGUGCUGAACAAGACCGCAACCUUAAAAGCUUACAGGAAGCAGAAGAUAAGCGCAGAAGCUUGGUAAAACAAUUGCGCGAUAUUGAACAAGAACUGGAAAAUGAGCGCCGCAGCAAAGCUGGAGCUAUCAGUCAGAAGAAGAAGAUGGAAGCUCAUAUUGCGGAAAUCGAACAGCAACUUGAUGUAGCAAAUAGACUCAAGGACGAGUAUAACAAGCAAUUGAAAAAGAAUCAGCAGAUGAUCAAGGAGUACCAACACGACAGUGAAGAAGCACGUCAGAUGAAGGAAGAGAUCGCUUCACAGUUAAGAGAUAUCGAACGAAGAUUAAGAUCAGCCGAAGCAGAAAAUCAGCGUUUGGCAGAGGCUAAUGAACUGCUUACCUCCCAGAAAAGGCAACUUGAACAGGAGAAAGAUGAGCUGGAGGAGCUCCGCGGCCGACUCGAGCAGCUCACAACUGAAUUGUCGAUGGAACGCUCAGUUGCGCAAAAGUCUGAAGCUGAACGUCAAGGGUUGGAACGUCAAAAUCGUGAGCUGAAAGCAAAGAUAGCUGAACUCGAGAGUACUGCGCAAUCCAGAGCUCGGGCCCAAAUUGCUGCUUUGGAAGCGAAGAUUCAGUAUCUUGAAGAACAAAAUAGCGCUGAGAGUCAAGAACGUCACAAUGCAACUAGGCAGUAUAGACGAAUUGAGAAGCGUCUUCAUGACACCAUCCUUCAGCUUGAAGACGAAAGGCGAAAUGCUGAAAAAUGCAAUCUUCGAGCGAAGCAGAUGCGCCGCCAACUGGAUGAGCAAGAAGAAGAGAUGACGCGGGAGCGUGCAAAGUCAAGAAGCCUUCAACGCGAAAUUGACGACCUUACGGAAGCCAACGACACGCUUAUCCGAGAAAAUAAUAACUUGCGAGGGGGAGCAGCACGUCGAAACCGCGAGAAUAUGCGACUCCGAUCGGCAUACCAAAUUCCGGGCUCUAGCGAUAAUUUGACUAGGAACGACGACGAAGAUGGUAGCAUAGGAACUGAAGGUGAAUCGGUUUCCUCAGUGAUUGGUGAAAAUAGAAAAUUGAAUUUGCGUUCAAAUGUUAAUUUGUAUAAGAACCGUACUUCAACGCUUUCAGUUACCGGUUCUGAUCAUACGGAUGAGCUCAAGAAGACGAGCGUCUAA